UUGCUCGAUUUCUUUCAAAUGGACCCUGUAGUAAGUCUUCAGAGAUGCUGGUACAGGAGCUAAAUGAAAACAAGCUACUUCCAAACAGAUUGGAUUGGCAGGGCAAUGAACACAGUAGGACAUAUGAUGAAAUGGUGUCGGCUAAUAAGUGUGUAGCUCCUGACCAUUUGCUGAAAUUAUGCCAGAGUUUAACGUCAUUUCUUGAUAACCACUCUCCAGCCAAACUGUCCAGAGCAAGCUCUCUGCUGGGCCUUGUCAAACAGUCGUUACGUGCAGAAAAAGGUCCUAGAAAUGCUCAGUGGAGCCAGAAAUCCUUUGCCACGCUUCAACGUGGGAGACCGCCAGAAGUGCCUGUUGCCAAGAGGAAACCACCCUUUGUUGUGGAUGUCCAUCAAGGGAAACAUCUUACCGGAGCCAUGCAGUUUACUUCUGCAUUUCCUGUAUCCAUGUACCAGCAGAUCAAAAUGCAGAAGAGGAUUCUGGGUCACCUCUCUUCUGUCUACUGUGUUGCAUUUGACCGGUCUGGUCAAAGACUUUUCACUGGCUCAGAUGACUGCUUGGUGAAGAUCUGGUCUGCAGUUGAUGGCCGGCUGCUAGCUACACUAAGAGGUCACUCAGCUGAGAUCUCUGAACUUACUGUGAACUGUGAAAACACUCUGAUUGCUGCUGCGAGCUGUGAAAAGAUUAUCAGAGUUUGGUCACUAAGAACGUGCGCUCCUGUGGCUGUUCUGCAAGGUCACUCUGUGUCUGUAACCUCUUUGCUUUUCAGCCCGGUGGUUAAAGGUACCCUGCGGUACUUGGUGUCUACGGGGGGAGAUGCAACCGUCUGCCUGUGGCAAUGGGACGUGGACACCUUGCAGUUCAAGUGAAAAGUGUGACAGCUGGCCGAGCGCAGCGGGAGGAGAGCGCAAAUACUUUGUUGUUCCUGCAGUGUUGGUGGAAUGUUUAUGGCUGUUGGUGGCAGUGACCACGCUAUCAGAAUGUAUUAUUUUGGCAACGAAACACCAGAGAAAGUGUCUGAGUUGGAGGGCCACACAGACAUAAUUGACAGUAUCCUCUUCUCAUAUGAGAGUGAAAGGUUUGUCAGUGGAAGCAAAGAUGGUACGGCUCAGAUUUGGGGUUUGAGACAGCAGGAAUGGCACAGUAUAACGCUUGAUAUGAGCGCAAAUGUGGAUAACGGGUACCCGUGCAAUGAUAUUCCCCAAUUUUCUAAGCCCAAAGUCCUCAUGAUUGCGUGGGAUCUCACGGACAGCUUUGUAGUGACUGCGUGCAGUACCCACCUGCUAAAGGUCUGGGAUUCUCAUACUGGCAGCUUGCUGCAUGUUCUGAUGGGUCAUGAAAAUGACAUUUUUGUCUUGGAGCCUCACCCAUUUGAUUGCAGGGUGAUGUUAUCUGCAGGGUACGAUGGAAACCUCUUCAUAUGGGACAUCAUUAAUGGUCAACAGAGGAAGGAAUAUUGUGGAAGAAUUGAAGGGCAAGGCCACGGUGCCAUUUUGGACUGCAAACUGUCCUCUGAUGGGAUGCACAUAGCGGCUACAGAUUCUCAUGGGCAUCUACUAAUUUUUGGCUUUGGCAGCAGUAAAACCUAUGAUAAGAUUCCAGAUCAAAUGUUCUUCCACACAGACUUCAGACCCCUUUGUCGCGAUGCAAAUAAUUAUGUCCUCGAUGAACAAACACAACAAGCUCCUCACCUUAUGCCACCACCAUUUCUGGUAGAUGUUGACGGAAACCCACAUCCAACUAAGUAUCAACGCCUGGUCCCCGGGAGGGAGAAAUGUGCGGAUGAGCACCUGAUUCCUCAACUGGGAUACAUGGAAACUAGUGAUGGUGAAGUUGUGGAACAAGUUAUCAGCCAGCAGACAAAUUAUGAUCCGCAGAACCAAGAGCCCAGCAUCCUGGAUGGGAUGAUCAGACAGCUACAACUCCAGCAGGAUCAGAGACGGGGGCGAGAACAGGAGCCUGGCUCUAGCAGACAUCCUUCCCAGGCAGAUGCAGGAAGAGGAGGCCAUUUUCAUGGAUUUGUAAAAUUAUUGUUUUUGUAUGCAGACCUCGUAUCUCCUCCGAAUAUUGGUCUGAGACGCAGUGGGCAGGUGGAGGGCGUCCGUCAGAUGCAUCAUAAUUCACCCCGUAGUCAAAUAGCCACUGAAAGAGAUCUGUUGGCCUGGAAGAGGAGAGUGGUUGUGCCAGACCUACCCAGUAAUAUGUUCAGAAUGGAUGAAGAUUACAGAGUUGCUAGAGGUGAGCAGGAAAAACUUGUUUUUGCGAAGCAGAAAAGGAGGUUCCGAGAGUCUUCUCAGGAGAGUUCCUACUGUGCCCGUAAUCUAAGGAUUCGAAAGAAGAUAGUGUCUCGCAAAAGACCACUGCGUCGUGAGGUAGAAGAAUUCAUAGAAUUCUCUUGUGAGGAGAAAGAAGAGACCCUGUCUUCUGCGAAUGAGACAGAAAAUCAAGCUGCAAAUUCAACGGAUACUCCCAGUGAUGAUGAGGACUGGGGAAAUACAAGUGGCUCCUCCAGUAAGUACUCUGAUUGGACAGCAAAUGCUGGAAUUCACCUGCACCCUCCUAGCAGAGUUUCUAUGAGGCAAAGAGCUAGACAAUGUGUGAUCAGUUCUGAGGAUGAGAGCUCUGCAGAAGAGAAAUCUACAGAGGAGAAGGCUUCCCCCCCGAGAAAGAGAUCAUCUGAACCUGGGAGUCAGAAUGGGCCUGCAGCAGACUCUCAGAGGGUUCCUGUAAACGGAGAGGCAUCGAAUUGGCACCCUCCCGUCUGGAUCACAGAUACAUAUCCUCGAAGAUCCCCUUUUGUCCCACAGAUGGGAGAUGAGGUGAUUUACUUCCGACAAGGUCACGAAGCGUAUAUUAAUGCAGUUGGAAGAAGUAAUCUCAGUAUCUUAAGCUCCUUGAAAGAGCCAUGGAAAAAAUGUGUACUUAGGGACCAGGAAUUGGUGAAAAUUGUUGGGAUCCGAUAUGAAAUUGGACCUCCCACUUUGUGCUGUCUUAAACUUGCCUUGAUAGACCACGUUAGUGGAAAACUCAUGGAACAAUCCUUCUCUCUCAAAUAUCAUGACAUGCCAGAUGUGAUAGACUUCCUUGUACUGCGACAGUUCUAUGAUCAUGCUCGGCGUACAAACUGGCAGGCUGGUGACCGGUUCCGUUCUAUAAUUGACAAUGCCUGGUGGUUUGGAACAGUGUUGAGUCAAGAACCGCACCAGCCUGAAUAUCCAGACAGCCUUUUCCAGUGCUAUUCUGUGAAGUGGGAUAAUGCAGAAAUUGAGAGGCUGAGCCCUUGGGAUAUGGACAUCAUUCCUGAAGAUAUGGUUCCUCCUGAAGAGCCAGGGGCCAGUGUUUCUAUAACAAUUGAAGAGAUGGAUGCUUUGCUCUAUCAUGCUCAGGAGGGAGAAUGGGGAGACAGUGAGCAGCACACACAAUGUGAAAGAAUUAUUUGUGCCAUCGAUCAACUUUUUAGUAUGGAUAUUGCUGCACAUUUUGCUGCUCCUGUGGAUUUAAGUGUCUAUCCGCAAUAUUGCAUGGUGGUGGCGUAUCCUACAGAUCUCGGCACCAUACGGAUGAGGCUUGUCAACCGUUUUUACCGGAGGUUAUCUGCACUAAUCUGGGAAGUGAGAUACAUUGAACACAAUACCAGAACCUUCAACGAGCCUGAGAGCAACAUUGCAGCAGUGGCCAAGAAAAUCACAGACCUGCUGCUAAAAUUCAUCAUGGACAGCAGCUGUACCAGUAUUACAGAUCUGUACAAUACUACUGAAGAGCAGGACUCCGGUGAUGGACAGAGGCAGAAGAGCCGUGACAGGAUCGAGAAGGAAAGGGAGGAUAGCUGGAAGAAGCGCUGCAUGGACCUGGUUGAAUUCAUUAUAGUAUGCGAAGAUUCUGAACCUUUCAGAGAGCCUGUAGACCUGGAGCAGUACCCCGAUUAUCAUGAUGUGGUAAAGACCCCUAUGGAUGUUGGGACCAUAAAGGAAAAACUGUCAGCUGGGAAUUACAGCAGUCCAUUGGAGUUUUGUAAAGACAUCAGAUUGGUCUUCUCAAAUGCCAAGUCAUAUACACCCAACAAACGCUCUAGGAUCUACAGUAUGGUUUUAAGGCUUUCUGCCCUUGUGGAAGAGAAGGUGAAAGUUAUUUUGUCGGAAUAUAAAAUUUCCAAAAAGUCUAAAGACAGGCCUGAAGAAUCAGGCAGCACGAAGAGAGCUGGAGCUAAGGAAGAGCGAUAUAACAGAAAUUCACUUAGUGAUGACUACCACAACAAUUGUAGACAAGGAAGAACAUCUCCGAGCCAGCGAAUAAACGGUUCUCUGCGAGAAACAUCUUCAUCGCGACCUACCUCAAGUGGAAUACCUACUGUUCCCACCCAAACCAGCAUAGGCAGUUCCUCUAUUAGACGCACGUGUGGACAAUCGCCUGACAGUGCCCUGGCACCCUCUGCCAAAUCUCAUACACUCACUAGAGGGAGACACAAUGUGGCAAGCUGCUCUUCAUCUUCAGAGAGCGACACAGACUCCUCUUCAUCCUCUUCUACCUCUGCUUCGGCACAUUCCUCCCAUAAAUCAUCUUCUAGCUCUGACGAAUCUCAGGGCAAUAACCAAAGGAGAACUACAUCUGUCAAAAGGAAAAUUCCAAGUUAUUCUGACGAAUCUGACUCUACAUCUGAAGGAAAACAUCAUAAGGGAAUGAGGAAGAAAACUCUCCGCAAGUGCGCUGCCAUGGCAGCCAGUAAGAUAAAGUGUAUGACCGAUGUAGAAGACAGUGCCUCCACCUCGGAUAGCGAGUGUAGCGCAAGCAAAAACAGCAGAACACUGCCACCCAGGACUGCGGCUGCAAGAGCCAAGAAGCUGCUCUUAGAUGACAGCGAGGGAGAGACUGCUUUAAGAAGUGAGAGCGAUCAAGAGCAUGAAACAAGAAGGACUUCCAAAACCGCACCAAGGACUUGUUCAAAAGCCUCCCGAGUUCCGCAUAAGGUAAAGACCGACUCCAGCAUCUACAGCUCAGAUAGUGUAAAAUCCCCAUCUCCAAAACGUUCUGCACGUGAUGAAUUUAACAGGGAAGGCCGCCAUAUCAAUGGUGGCAACCAAAGCAAAAAUGAGAGCUUGGACUCUCCAUGCCCUCGUUUGGCCACCAAUUCUCGUAGGUGCAUUGUGGAAUCUGACUCAGACUCGAUGUCUCCAGAAAGUGAUGUAACAGUAUUAAAUAAAGCCCAGAACCCUCUCAGCCAUAGGCAGGCACAGGAAUGUAGGGUAGUCCUGACCAAUGUUUGUCUACCUGGAGCUAAUGCAUACUUGCCUUGUCUGGACAGACCAUCGCCCCGGACUGCAUAUCAGUCAACAAGCUCGGACACUGAUUCUGAUUCAGCGCUUGAAACUUUGGUCAGGAAACGGCGAAAGAGGGUCGUGUCCUCCAUAGCAUCUCCACCUGCUAGGAAAACCAAAGUGUUAAGUGACUGCGAGGGCACGUCCAAUUCAGGAACUGACAAUAACUGCGGGUUCUCCAGUUCUAGAGAGAGCUCAUCGUCCAAAAAGAACAACGGAGCCCUAUUCUCCGAUUCAGAAUCCUCUCUCUCGGAUAACACAAGCGAUGACCAAAUCGGAAUGAACAAGAGGAAUCCUUCAGUAAGACCGAGAACAACUGAUCAAAAGAGAAAGCGGGCAAAUAGCAGCUGCGACGAUGACGACUGGGAGGAUCUGGACGCUGCAAGCCGCAAAAAGUUAACCCGCCGCACUAAGAUCCGUACACGGAACCAGGGCAAAAGGACCGUGCGAUACGACGAUACCGAGAAUGCAGCUCAGAGCGACGAAAACUUGAAUGGCAGCCGGGGUAAAACUACCUCUGUGAGGGGGCUGAGCCCGAGAGAAAGGGCCAGGCAGUUCUUGCGAUAACCAACGAAGUGGAAAAUGUACUGACUUUUCUUAAAAUUCAGGGAAUAUACUUCUAUUUUUCUACAGAGAGAAAUUUAUGAAUGUGACUACAAGCUGUACAUGUUUGACUUGCACUUAUCAUAUUAAAACAUUAUCAGCACAGAUGCCAACAUGUGCCUCGAGACUGGGCAGGGGACAUCUGAGCGCGUUGACUAAUUGGUAUUUUCGGAGGUUUUAGAACCCACAAACUUUAGUUUCUUGCAGUGAGAGUCUGUUACUUAGACCCUCGUUUUAUUGCUAGACUUUAUCAGCCAUCAAACACUUAAUUUGCACAGUUUAAGUUUACAAAUGUUUUUUAGGGCUUUUGUUUUGUAUUUUUUUGUGUAUU